GAGCCGAGCUGGCGGCCGGUGCUGCCGCUGACUGUACUGAGGUGCACGGUCAGACUGUGAGUUGUGGUGCAGUGCGGGUGCUGGUCGGCGGUCAGUGGUCGGGUGCCGGUGCCGAGUGUGGACCGUGUGGCCGACGGCAGGCCGGCCCGCCCGGCUCUCGGCCGUGUCCGGGGCCCUCUGUCAGAGCGUCGCCAUCGACCGGGCCGGCGCGGCGGCCGGCGCGGGCUCGGUGACGUCACGCACGGUCGCGGCCGCACUCUCGAGGCUCGCGCGCUGCCAAUCCAAUAUGGAGCCGAAAAGCGGGUCGGCUCGGCGGCCGCCGGCGCGCCAGUGAUGUCCAGACGAGCCGCGUGAACGUGCCGUCGUGUGAGCCAGUGUGCGCUGCUGUUCCCGGAGCCACCCAGACCGCCGCCGCCACCGCCGCCGGCGCAUGGACCGACCGGCCUGACGGCGCCAGGAGGCGGGCCCGUGAAGCCAUCAGCGGAGCCGGAGCCCCUCGGCCGCGGCUCACCAUGGCGCUACGAUGGGAGAAACUCUCCCCCGCCGAGUUUCAGCAGCUCCAGGACAUGGCCACCUACUCGUCCAAAAAACUAAAGGAUGUCCUGGAGGAAUUCGGCAAGGACGGCCCCCUGUCCAAGUACCAGCCGGACGGGGACAUCGACGUCGAAGGCUUCAAGGUGUUUAUGGACACGUUUCUGGAGCAAGAGACACCGGAGGAGCUGUGCCGCCACCUGUUCCUCAGCUUCGUUCGCCGACCGUCCCGGAGCGCCAUCAAGGAGAUGGCCGUGCUCAGUUCGGCCACUGCCUGCGCGGCGAUCACGGCGCACAAUCAGACCGGCUCCGUGACGAACCUGGCGCAAACAAACUCCGUCAGCGAAAAGGAGGACAAGCCGACCAGCCUGGCGGAGCGUCUGCACGGCCUGACGGGUCGGCUGCAGCACGGCCUGACCCACCACCGCUCCUCGGAGUCCGCCGAGCCGUCGCAGCGGACCCGCACGGGCAGCCUGGGCGCCUCUGUGCACCCCAUGUUCACCGUCACCUCUCCGGGAGUGACGGAGCGCAGCAGCGACUCGUCACCGUCGCACAGCCAGGUGUCGCGCAACUCGUCCAGGAAGUCCAACAACUCGCUGCUGGUCAACCCGGCCGGCGGAGAUAAAAAAGUGAUCAGAAAGUGCAGUGCUAUUGAUAUUCAAAAUGUGCGGGUCCAAGUAAAAGAUAUUGUGUGCUACCUGUCUCUUCUGGAGGGAGGACGACCAGAAGAUAAACUAGAAUUCAUGUUUCGGCUCUAUGAUAGUGAUGGAAAUGGCGUACUCGAUACCUAUGAGAUGGAUAGCAUCGUCAACCAAAUGAUGGCGGUUGCCGAAUACCUUGGCUGGGAUGUGUCCGAACUAAAGCCGAUUCUGCAAGAUAUGAUGGUAGAGAUAGAUUACGACGGCGAUGGAACUGUGUCGCUGGACGAGUGGAUGAGGGGCGGCAUGACCACCAUACCGCUACUGGUUCUGCUCGGACUGGAUGCCAACGUGAAGGACGACGGCAACCACCUGUGGCGGCUGAAGCACUUCAACCGGCCGGCCUACUGCAAUCUCUGUCUCACAAUGCUCAUGGGACUCGGCAAAAAGGGUCUCUGCUGCGUAUUCUGUAAGUACACGGUCCACGAGCGCUGCGUGCAGAGGGCACCAGCGUCAUGCAUCGCCACCUACGUCAAGUCCAAGAAGACGCCGCAAACCAUGCUGCAUCACUGGGUAGAAGGCAACUGCGUGGGCAAGUGCUCCAAGUGCAAGAAAACGAUAAAAGCGUACAACGGUAUCACGGGUCUGCACUGCCGCUGGUGUCAAAUGAGUCUGCACAACCGAUGCGCCUCUCAGGUGAAGCCCGACUGUAACCUGGGGGAGCUGCGCUCGCACGUGCUGCCACCUACUGCCAUCUGUCCGAUCGUGCUCGACCGACAGCGUUCUGUCAGCAGAGAUCGGCGCAGCACGCGCCAGGAAGACGUGCAUGGACCAAUGUCGUUCCAAAUCAACCCUCCGGAAGGCUGUAAACCUCUCAUCGUGUUCGUCAACCCCAAGUCCGGUGGCCGACAGGGCGCCAGGAUACUCCGAAAGCUUCAGGUCAGUCCAUCUGGACAGCAUAAGAAAUAA